AUGGCCGAAAACAUAUACAGCAAGGGCACCCGUGUCUGGUUCGAGGACAAGGAACAUGCCUGGAUAUCCGCAGAGGUCACCUCAGUCACAAAGGGUGACAAUGAUUCCAUAAAACUCGUCUUCACUGACGAGCGCGGCAAGGAAGUCACGAUCAACACGACCAGUAAAGAGAUUAAAGAAGGCAAAGAAGGUCUACCGCCUCUACGCAAUCCACCGUUGCUCGAGACCGCAGACGAUCUCGCCACACUCUCCCACUUGAACGAACCCUCAGUCCUUCACACAAUCCGCAAUCGAUACGCCCAACAUAGUAUUUACACCUACAGUGGUAUCGUCCUCAUCGCGGUCAAUCCGUUUCAACGCGUCACUCUAUAUGGCCCCGAAAUCAUUCAGGCUUACAGCGGGAGGAGGAGAGGUGAACUCGAGCCCCAUUUGUUCGCAAUCGCAGAAGAUGCCUACACAGCGAUGCGUCGGGAUGGAAUGGGUCAGACUAUCAUCGUGUCAGGAGAGAGUGGUGCCGGUAAAACUGAAUCAGCGAAAUUCAUCAUGCGUUAUCUCGCCUCGGUCAACCCACCAACGAGCAGCGCAAAGGCCAAGACGAAACUCUCGCUGGAUGAAUCUAGUGAGAUAGAGAAACAGAUCCUUGCAACCAACCCCAUUCUCGAAUCCUUUGGUAACGCUAAGACGACUCGUAACGACAACUCUUCUAGAUUCGGAAAGUACAUUCAAAUUCUCUUCGACGGCAAACAAGAAAUCGUCGGUGCCCGGAUACGCACAUACCUCCUAGAGCGAUCCCGAAUCGUCUUCCAACCCACCACCGAACGAAAUUAUCACAUCUUCUACCAACUAUGCGCUGGCGCACCUUCCAAGGAAAAGAAAGACCUUGGUCUCGACUCUGAUGUUUCCAAAUUCCAUUAUCUCAAGCAAGGCGGGCCUACUUCCACCCCUAUCGCUGGCGUAGAUGAUGCAGAAGAAUUCCGCGCCACCCAACAGGCGCUCUCAACUGUCGGCAUCAGCGUGGAGAAGCAAUGGGCUGUCUUCCGUCUCCUGGCCUCCCUGCUUCAUCUUGGAAACGUCAAGAUCAUUCAGACAAGAACAGAGUCCAAUAUUGAUGAGAAUGAUCCUGCGCUGCUUUUGGCUACUCGUUUCUUGGGCGUCAACUUGGCCGAAUUCCGCAAAUGGAUUAUCAAGAAGCAGAUCACCACCCGUAACGAGAAGAUCGUGACCAAUCUUAACGGGGCACAGGCGACGGUGGUCAGGGACAGUGUGGCCAAGUUCGUAUAUGCAUGCAUGUUCGAAUGGUUGGUUGCUAUCGUGAACGAGAGUUUGGCUGGCGAAAACGGAGAUGCUGCUGAGCGGGCGGAGAUGUUCAUCGGUGUUCUCGAUAUUUACGGAUUCGAGCACUUCCAAAAGAACUCCUUCGAACAAUUCAGCAUCAACUACGCCAACGAGAAGCUGCAACAGGAGUUCAACUCGCACGUCUUCAAACUCGAACAAGAAGAAUAUGUUAAGGAGCAAAUUAACUGGACAUUCAUCGACUUCUCCGACAACCAGCCUUGUAUCGAUGUUAUCGAAGGCAAGCUCGGAGUGUUGGCCCUGCUUGACGAAGAGUCAAGAAUGCCAUCUGGUACCGAUGCCUCCUUCUUGCAGAAGCUUCACAACCAGAUCCUUCCCAAACCUGAGUUUAAGAACGUCUUCAAGAAGCCACGCUUCGGUAACUCGGCUUUCACCAUCGCUCACUAUGCUUUGGACGUCACUUAUGAGGUUGAGGGCUUCCUCGAGAAGAACAGGGAUACUGUUCCUGACGAACAGAUGGCUCUACUUGCGGCGACCAAGAAUCCCUUCUUGAAGGAAGUCCUUGACUAUGCCCUCAACUCGACAAGAGGCGUAGACGGUGGUCCACCUGCAUCUCCUGCGGUCUCCGACUCAAGUGGUGCCUCUCGACGUUCCUCUGUUAUCCCUGAUCCUGGCAGACAGUCUUUCGUGGCGACUGCCUCCAGCCCUCUGCCAACUGGCGCUGGAAAACGCCCCGGAGCUGUAAAGAAGCCUACUCAAGGCUCCAUCUUCAAAGCCUCCCUGAUUGCCCUUAUGGAAACACUCAGUGUCACGAACGUCCACUACAUUCGUUGCAUCAAACCCAAUGAAGCUAAGAAACCCUGGGAGUUCCAACCCCAACAGGUCUUGGGUCAAUUGCGAGCUUGCGGUGUUCUUGAAACCAUUCGCAUCAGUUGUGCCGGCUAUCCUACUCGCUGGACUUAUGCCGAGUUCGCUGAGCGGUACUACAUGCUCGUUCCUCACACCAUCUGGGAGCCCAUGAUCAAAUCCAUGGAACUCAACAAGCUCUGCUCCAUCAUCCUUGAAAAAACCAUCGCAGAUCCCGACAUGUACCAGAACGGUCUCACCAAGAUCUUCUUCCGAGCAGGCAUGCUUGCCGCCCUCGAGUCCCUCCGCUCUGGCCGACUCAACGCCAUGGUCACUGUCGUACAGAAGAACAUGCGUAGGAGGAUGGCUAUGAAGAAGUAUCGCGCUCUGCGGGAGGCUACGAUUGUCAUUCAGACUAAGUGGAGAGGUAUUUUGGCGCGUAGGUUGGCUGAGAAUAUGAGGAGGGAGGCUUCGGCUCUGCGGUUGCAAGUCGCCAUCCGACGUUAUGUCCAGCGCAAACGGUUCUUGGAUAUCAAACGAGGUGUUACUCUGUUGCAAAGCCGCAUUCGUGGUGCCCAGGCCCGUCUCCGCUACCGUCAAAACAGACACAACAACGCCGCUAUCUUGUUGCAGAGCUUGCUCCGUGGAGUUACCAGUCGCUCCCGCUUCAGAGCGGACGUCAAACAUGUCGUCUGGAUGCAAUCUUGUAUUCGGCGUCGUCUGGCUCGCAGGGAACUCAAGGCCCUCCGGGCGGAAGCUCGCUCAGUCUCCAAGUUCAAGGAGAUCUCGUACCGUUUGGAGAACAAGGUCGUUGAAUUGACGCAAGCCCUCCAAGAGCGAACCAACGAGCGCAAGAAGCUCCAGACUCAGCUGAGCGAACUCGAGCAGCAACUGCAGCAAUGGAUCAACCGGCACGAGGAGACCGACGCCAAAGCCAAGCAAUACCAAGUCUCCUUGCAGCAGGCUGAGGCUGAACUGGCCAAGCGAGACGAGUUGUUGCAAGCCAAGGCAGAUCUUGAGCGCAGACUUGAGGAGGCCAUCGCCAGUGUCCAGGAGAAGGAAAACACAAUUCAAAAGUUGACCGACGACAUUAUCCGCCAAGCCACCCAACUCGAAGCUCAGAAGCGCGCCCUCGAGGUUCCCCAACGCACCCAAGAGGACAGCUCAGUCAUCGCUACCCUCAAGAGCGAAGUCAGCAGCCUCCGGGAACAACUCAACCGUGCCAACGCCCUUAACACCCUCACCAAGGGCUCCCGACAAGACCCUCCGCUUUCCCCCACCUUCAACACUGCCCUCCGACUCGGAGAACCCCAACCCAAUGGCAACAACGGCGUCAUCCCUGGUGUUGCACCUGUCCGUGGCCACCAACGCCGACACAGCUCUGCCGGUGUCUUCUCGCUCGGCCCCGUCGACGGCAGGUCCUCUGUGGACGAGAGCCUCAGCUCCUUCAAGCGCAGCAAUGCCGCCAACCCCCGUGCAGUCUCCGUCGCUUUCAACGGCGAGGACAACUACCUCCGGGGCCGCCAGGGCAAUGGGCUGGCCGAUAUCUACGAUACAGACGACCCUGCUGAGGAGAAGAUUAGGUUGAUGAUGGACGCCAAGCGAUUAGAUGAGGAUGUUCUCGACGGCCUGAUUCGUGGCUUGAAGAUCCCCGCACCAAGCCUGACCAACCCUCCUGCUAUGAAGGAGAUCUUGUUCCCUGCCAACUUAAUCAGUCUCGUCACCAACGAGAUGUGGAAGUAUGGUCUCAUUACCGAGAGCGAGCGAUUCCUCGCCAACGUGAUGCAGGCUAUCCAGAGCCACGUCAUGUCGUUCACCGGUGAAGACGCGAUCAUCCCUGGCAUCUUCUGGUUGUCCAACGUCCACGAGAUGCUCUCCUUCAUCUGCGUGGCAGAAAGCGAUAUGCUGGAGGGUAUCGGUCCUGGCGAAGAGAACUCUGUCCGACCGUUCGAAUGGGCAGACUACGAGCGCCUUGUCUCCGUCGUCAAGCAUGAUCUCGACAGUCUGGAGUACAACAUCUACCACACUUGGAUGUCCGAGGUCAAGAAGAAGUUGUCCAAGAUGGUUAUCCCCGCUUUGAUCGAGAGCCAGUCUCUACCUGGCUUCACGACCACCGACGGUGGAGGACGUCUGUUCAACCGAAUUUUGAACUCCAAUACUCCUCCGGCUUUCAAUAUGGAUGAUAUUCUCAACCUCCUCAACAAGGUUUGGAAGAGCUUGAAGAGCUACUACAUGGAAGAGAGCGUCGUUCAGCAGGCUAUCACGGAGUUGUUGAAACUCAUCGGUGUCAACAGCUUCAACGACUUGUUGAUGCGUCGCAACUUCUCUUCAUGGAAGCGGGCUAUGCAAAUUCAAUACAACAUCACCCGAAUUGAGGAAUGGUGCAAGUCCCACAACAUGCCCGAGGGAACUCUUCAACUUGAACACUUGAUGCAGGCCACCAAGCUGCUGCAGUUGAAGAAGUCGACUCCCGCCGACAUUGAAAUCAUCUACGAUGUUUGCUGGAUGCUCAGCCCGAUGCAAAUCCAACGAAUGUGCACGAACUACUACGUUGCCGAUUACGAGAACCCGAUUUCUCCUGAGAUCCUCCGAGUAGUCGCAUCAAGAGUGCAAGCCAACGAUCGCAACGACCACCUUCUCCUCACGCCCGAGUCUGAAGAAGUCAGCUCAUACGAACUCCCCCUCCCCCGUGAUGUUUCCGGCCUGGAAACUUACGUCCCCGCAUACCUUAAUGUUUCGCAUCUGAGACGAUUGGCCGCUCUCGUUGCCUAG